AUAAGACGACUUGAUAAAAAAAAUAUGAAUGCAUUUAUUUCAGCUUUAUACCGUUUCUAUUCAGGUGGGUUUUUUGUAUGUUUUGUAUUUGCAAGCAGAGGUCACGCUAUAAGAGACAGAAAAUAUGGUAUAUUACCAUAUCUGAAAAUCGUGGCCAAUGAUAGUGAGAAAGAGAAAAAGGCAUAAUUUACUCCUGGGGCCACAUUUGCCCCCAUACACAUAACCUAGACUCUGCUACCUGAGCAAACAACCGUAAGCAUCACAGCCUCAAUGGCGUCAUGUAAAUAAUGUGCCAAUGUGACUGUGUGCGCAUGACAAACCCCCCAAACCAUCAAUGUGGUCAAAGCAAUAUCUGAGUUUUAUCACUGUCUUAAUGACUGCGGAGGAUGAAGGGUCGCCUGCUUCCCAGGAGAUAGCGCCUCGCUGCUGUUCAUAAUCGUUGAGUCUGCGUUCAUUUUCCAGAAAGCGUACUGUACCUCAGAGUGCCGAACCUUGUCGCUAGGAUAAAGCGCGUCGCUGUAAACGCAAAUGUUGAGUUCCAGAAGUGACAGAACAGAACCGGGUGCAUUAAUAUUAGGGCGAAAGUAAAAGAGCAGUGAAUUAAAUCUAGCUGCUACGUUGGCAAGGAAGUUCCGUCUCAUUUCCCAUGGAAUACAUCGUACAGCAUGUGGCGGUAUGGCGACCUUCGUCUGUCACGCAAUUGUCCAAGGAGGAUGGAGUUUACAAGAGGACAUUACAGUAGGAAGCCUUCCACGGUGACUGGGUUGUGGGCAUAAGAAACAUGUGCGACGAGUGUCACAAAAACAAAACGUACGUUUACAAUGAUGGGACUCAACGUUCACACACAACCAGACACAGCCACGGCGCUUCCCCACUUGCCCAGUUCCACUGGUGACAGGGGAUCCAUGGAGGCCGCUCAGAAGAAAAACAGUAGCGGCAGCACGGGGCUGAUCCUGGACAUCAGCAACCUCAGGAUGGGCGUUGGGGAGUCAGGAGUGCCCCCUCUGCCUCCACGCUACAGAUUCAGGGACCUGUUGCUGGGAGACCAGUCCUUCCAGAGCGAAGACAGGGUUCAGGUGGAGUUUUAUGUAAAUGAAAACACCUUUAAGGAAAGGCUGAAGCUAUUUUUCAUCAAAAACCAAAGGUCAAGCCUCAGAAUACGACUCUUGAACCUGUCCUUGAAGCUGCUGACAUGCCUGCUGUACAUAGUGAGAGUGUCACUGGAUGAUCCCGAUGAGGUCACACGUGCAAGCAGAAACAGCACACACUCCAACAACACAACGACCUUUGAUCCUUCAAAUAUAAACUGGGAAUUAAUCAUCUGGGUAAACAGAAGAACACCUGUGUGGGCUAUUCAGGUGACAGUGGCCUUAAUUAGUUUCCUAGAGGCAAUGCUCCUCACAUAUCUAAGUUACAAGGGAAACAUCUGGGAGCAGAUGUUUCAGAUCUCCUUCAUCUUGGAAAUGAUCAACACCGUGCCAUUUAUAAUUACAAUCUUCUGGCCUCCACUGAGAAACAUAUUUGUCCCUGUGUUCCUCAACUGCUGGCUUGCCAAGUGCGCUUUGGAAAACAUGAUUAAUGAUCUUCACCGUGCCAUACAGCGCACCCACUCUGCCAUGUUCAACCAGGUGCUCAUCCUCGUCUGCACCCUGCUCUGCUUGGUCUUCACCGGUGCCUGUGGAAUACAGCACCUGGAGAGAGCGGGGAAGAGCCUGACCCUGUUUGACUCAGUGUAUUUUUGCAUCGUUACCUUUUCCACGGUGGGCUUCGGGGACGUCACCCCUCGGAUCUGGCCUUCCCAGCUGCUGGUUGUCAUUAUGAUCUGUGUGGCACUGGUAGUUCUCCCCUUGCAGUUUGAGGAACUUGCGUACCUGUGGAUGGAGCGUCAGAAGUCGGGGGGAAACUACAGCAGGCACCGAGCCCAGACUGAGAAACACGUGGUGCUGUGUGUCAGCUCUCUCAAGAUCGACCUCCUCAUGGACUUCCUCAAUGAGUUCUACGCUCAUCCCAGACUGCAGGAUUACUACGUGGUCAUACUGUGCCCCACGGAGAUGGACAUCCAGGUGCGUCGCGUGCUGCAGAUCCCCCUCUGGUCUCAGCGGGUCAUCUAUCUCCAGGGCUCAGCGCUGAAGGACACGGACCUGAUGAGAGCAAAGAUGGAUGAUGCUGAAUCUUGCUUCAUUCUUAGCAGCAGGAAUGAGGUGGACCGCACAGCUGCGGAUCACCAGACGAUCCUGAGGGCUUGGGCCGUGAAGGACUUUGCCCCGAACUGUCCGCUGUUUGUCCAGAUCCUCAAACCGGAAAACAAAUUCCAUGUGAAAUUUGCCGAUCAUGUGGUGUGUGAAGAAGAGUUUAGGUACGCCAUGCUGGCCCUGAACUGUGUGUGUCCAGCCACAUCCACUCUGGUGACCCUCCUUGUUCACACGUCGCGUGGACAGUCAGUUGAUCCUUCUCCUUGCAGGGAGGGGCAGCUCUCUCCGGAGCAGUGGCAGAGGACAUACGGCCGUUGCUCAGGCAACGAGGUCUACCAUAUCCGCCUGUGUGACAGCAAGUUCUUCGGGGAGUAUGACAACAAGAGCUUCACCUACGCUUCUUUUCACGCCCACAAGAAGUACGGCGUGUGCCUGAUCGGUGUCAAACGGGAGGAGAACAAAAGUAUCCUGCUGAACCCGGGCCCGCGCCACAUCAUGGCUGCCACGGACACCUGUUACUACAUCAACAUCACCAAGGAGGAGAACUCCGCUUUCAUCUUCAAAGAGGAAGAGAAGCACAACAAGGGCCUCGCGUCGGUAGGGCUGUACGACGCUCCCUCACGCCUGCCCGUCCAGAGUAUCAUUGCCAGUAUGGGGACAGUUGCCAUAGAUCUGCAGAACCCUGUGCCGGCGGAGGACAGCAACAAGCUGGGGGUGCCCACGGAGAAUGGGGCAGGGAGCCGACGACCCAGCAUCGCCCCGGUGCUGGAGAUCGCCGACUCCUCGGCCAUCCUGCCCUGUGACCUCCUCGCUGACCCGCUGGAGGAUGAAACACCCCCCUCAGACGACGACGAAGGCCUCCCCACCAUAGAUUAUGUGAAAGGAUAUCCACCCAAUUCGCCGUACAUUGGGAGCUCGCCAACCCUCUGCCACCUCCUUCAUCAAAAGGCUCCAUUCUGUUGCCUGCGCCUUGACAAGGGUUGUAAGCACAACAGCUUCGAGGACGCCAAAGCGUACGGCUUUAAGAACAAGCUCAUAAUUGUGUCCGCCGAGACGGCAGGGAACGGCCUGUACAACUUCCUUGUGCCACUGAGGGCCUAUUACAGGCCAAAGAAAGAGCUCAACCCCAUUGUGCUGCUCCUGGACAACCCGCCUGAUCAUCACUUCCUGGAAGCCAUCUGUUGUUUCCCCAUGGUAUAUUUCAUGGUUGGAAGUAUUGACAACCUGGAUAACCUGCUCCAGUGUGGGAUCAUCUACGCUGAUAACCUGGUGGUGGUGGAUAAGGAGAGCACCAUGAGUGCCGAGGAGGAUUACAUGGCCGACGCCAAGACUAUUGUCAAUGUACAGACUAUGUUCAGGCUGUUCCCCAGUCUCAGCAUUAUCACUGAGCUCACCCAUCCUUCCAACAUGAGAUUCAUGCAGUUCAGAGCCAAAGACUGUUACUCUCUUGCCCUCUCUAAGCUGGAGAAGAUAGAGCGUGAUAAAGGUUCAAAUCUGGCCUUCAUGUUUCGUCUGCCGUUUGCUGGAGGAAGGGUGUUCAGUAUUAGUAUGCUGGAUACACUUCUAUACCAGUCCUUUGUCAAAGACUACAUGAUCACCAUCGCCAGACUUCUCUUAGGGCUGGACACUACGCCAGGCUCAGGAUAUCUCUGUGUGAUGAAGGUCACGGAGGAAGACCUUUGGAUCCGCACGUAUGGAAGAUUGUUCCAGAAGCUGUGCUCCUCCAGUGCAGAGAUCCCUAUAGGGAUUUACCGCACUGAGUGCCACAUGUUCUCCACCUCAGAGUCUCAAGUGUCGGUGAACCUGGAGGAGUGUGAGGAGUCUCGGGACCGCCGAGAGUCAUGGAAGGGGAAGACCUCGCACCGCUACUCCACGGGCAGCGACCAAUCGGAGCACCCGCUGCUGCGCAAGAAAAGCAUGCAGUGGGCACGACGGCUGAGCCGCAAGAGCAGCAAGCCCCCGAGCCGCGCCGAGCGCAUCAGCCAGCAGCGCCUCAACAUGUACCGACGCUCCGAGAGGCAGGAGCUCUCCGAGCUGGUCAAAAACCGCAUGAAGCACCUGGGCCUGCCCACUGUCGGAUAUGAGGACGUAGCUAAUUUAACCGCAAGUGAUGUGAUGAAUCGUGUUAAUCUAGGAUAUUUGCAAGGUACUGACAUGACAAAGGUUACUUACUUGACAGUGGCAAACACAGACGAGAUGAACGAUCAACAGAACACUCUUUCGUACGUGCUGAUCAACCCUGCUCCAGACACGAUCCUCGAGCUGAACGACAUUGUUUACAUAAUUCGCUCUGACCCAUUGGCACACAUGCCUGAUGACCUGCCAGGCGGGCAGCCGAGUGCCAAGGUACACCAAGAGUACAGCGCUGAGACCCGCGAUGAGACCGAUCUCUGAGGGUUGCCAAAACACCACCAACCAGUCCCCCCCCGCCCUCCCACCACCACCACCUCAACCCUGUCGACACCCCCACAGCCCACCCAGUGUUUCUACAGAGACCCGCCCCUUGUUCACUCCCCUGUACAACACUAAAAUACCCUGCCCUAACCCCCCAGUACCAAUGGCCAUGAGGUACACACACACACAGCCCACCUCCAAACCUCACCUGAUCUUCUCUCCCAUCUGCUGAAAAGGGGACCUGCUGCUACUGGAGAAGAAGAGGAGAGGCCAACCAUUUAGUAAUAAUGCCAGCCAUCCCAUACACAGCUCACACGAUUCACACUCCAUACUAUAUACAGUGUGAUCACUGAGGAUGUUCAACCCCAUACAAUACUCACACCACACAUACUACAAUACUCACAUCACACAUGUUCAACCCCAUACAAUACUCACACCACACAUGUUCAACCCCAUACAAUACUCACACCACACAUGUUCAACCCCAUACAAUACUCACAUCACACAUACUCAACCCCAUACAAUACUCACAUCACACAUACUCAACCCCAUACAAUACUCACAUCCCACACUGAACCCCUGCGAUGCAAAUUCCUACACAAAAUUGCUACACUAUUCGCACCCCAUCCCACACAGUCUAAUACCACACACACAUCAAACAACCCUCCAUUCCAUACAGUACUAACACGGCACAAUGUAUACUAUACAGUACUCAUACUAUACACUCUUGAUGACGUACAGCAGUACCUGCGUCACAUACAUUCCAUACUACAAGCUAAAUGCCUAUAGGCAUGCAGCUAACACACACUGGCCUCCAAAGGCUAAUGAAGUUACUUUUCAAAGGAAGAAGAAAUACUUUCUAGACCCAUUUAUCACUUUCAUACGAGCAGUUCUGGAUGGUAAAGGGUUCGAAGGCCCAAAUUGGUCAGUGGAGUUCUUUGCUCCAGUACAGUUGCUGGGACUUGUCACUGAAUCAGUGUGGUCUGGAGGGGAAGACAGCAUAUCAAAGUACAGAAAUGGAAAUGGAUCGGUGAUUUGACAAGUGAUGUUUUAUUCAAAAAGGCCAGUUUCAGUUAUUUUUGACCCAUUUCACAGACUUUUGUCAAUUUAGUAAAGCACAAGUCUUUAAAGAGAUUUCACAUCUGCACUUUGAAUCGUGUUGAAAAUCUAUAUGAAUGUCCCUUAUUGCAGAAAAUAAUAAUAAUUGAAAUUGGCAGGUAAGAAAAGGUACUCCUGAAAAUCAGUCAAGGCAAGGCUUUUAUUUGUGCACAGUUCACUUGCAAAUAUAAUGCUGCUACUUUCUCCCACAUUCUACAACUCCAGCUUAGUAAAGUUCUUCAUUUGGCUGAUCUAAUGCACGUUUGUAAACAAAAAAAUAGUUCUUAUUUACAAUCAAAAUCCUAAAAACAAAUUGAUUGGUUUUGCCCAGCUCUUUUAGAAAGACGGGAACUGAAUCUUAGCAGUAGAAAGGCAGUCGAACCAUGGGGACUUGCGGGAAAAGCUCUGUGGCACAACAGACCAUAGAACAUGACUUGCAUGCCCAGUGGUCCGAAUGCUGUCUGCGUCAGGCUGAUUAGCUUUCCACGCAGCGCUGGGCAGUGAGCAUGCUGCCCCCGCUGCUCACCCUGGAGAGUGAGUGUCAGAAGGCCACACUCCCAGAGAGAUGGACCAAACAGGACUCUCCAUCGGUGCAGUAGAGACCGCGCCUCCGCCGCUCGAGCCAAUGCCAACUCUCUUCAUGUGUGUAGGACUGCAGACACAUGUGGAGUGGACAGUUUUCUUACCUCAUAGGUUACAGGCUGGUGUAUGGAACUUUGUAUCGAAAAAAAAAAAAAACGAAAAGAAAAAAAAAAACGUUCCUACACAUAUGGGGAGAGAAACAUUAAGGGCACUGGAAAGGAGAACCAGAUCUUCCCUUGUUAUUUUUUAAGAAUGAAUUUGUGAAGUUGUGAUGUAGAAGGUUGAUGCUGUGGAUUACAUCCAGAUCAUCAGCUUUAUGAAGUGCACUGGUUAUAUGUGUAAAUACUGUCAUGUACAGUUAUGUAAAUGCUUUCGGUAACAUUAGAAAUUUGAUCAACUUUGAUCAAAUUGGUAAGCAUUUAUUUCUUUCAAUGUCCAUUAUAAGCUGUUCUUAUAACUAUAGUUUGUGAUUUUAUUCAUUGUAUAUAUUCAUGAGAUGAAUUCUGUGUUUUCUAUGUAUGUUCCUGCUUAUUUAAAUAUAAUUUCAGUGUUAAUUAUAGGACAUGAAAGGCAUUUAAAAAACUCUUGCACUAAGCUCUACCAUGAAAAAAAAGGAGUGAAAAAUGACCCUUUAAGCUAAGAGAAAACUGGAUGUGUAUUUUCAAUCAAUCAAAAGACGCACCAAUAUAAUAUAAAACACGCUCUGAGGGAAUCAUGCUAGACUCUGUAAAUGUUUAAAGGAAGCCAUGGAGGGGAACUAUAGAUUAGGAAAUGU